AUGUACCACUUGUUCCUUGCAGGAGACACGUUGGCUUGGAAUCCUGUGCUCAACCAAUCUGGUCCCACUGAAUUUGUUUUCCGGGUCUUCACCACUGUCCCUGAACUCCAGGCUCUCCUCUUCCUCCUCUUCCUCCUCCUCUACUUGAUGAUCCUUGGCGGCAACAGCGCCAUCAUCUUUGUGGUGAGCACACACAGCGCUCUCCACACACCCAUGUACUUCUUCCUGUCCAACCUGUCUUUCCUGGAAAUCUGCUACACCUCCGACGUGGUACCCUUGAUGCUCUCCAACACCCUUCGAACCCGGAAGCCCAUCCCAUUGGCUGGCUGCGGGGCCCAGAUGUUCUUCUUCAUGACCCUGGGCGGCACUGACUGCUUUCUUCUGGCAGUCAUGGCCUACGAUCGCUUCGUGGCCAUUUGCCACCCACUGCACUACAGCCUCAUCAUGACCCACAAACUGUGUGUGCAGAUGGCGGUGGGCUCGGUGUCUCUGGCUGCCUUCCUCUCUCUGCAGCUCACGGCCUUAAUCUUCACCCUGCCCUUCUGCGGGCGCCUGCGGGAAAUCAACCACUUCCUCUGCGACGUGCCACCCGUCCUGCGCCUGGCCUGUGCCGACACGCGCGUGCACCAGGCGGUGCUCUACGUGGUGGGCAUCCUGGUGCUCACCGUGCCCUUCCUGCUCAUCUGUGUGUCCUACGUGUUCAUCGCCUCGGCCAUCCUGCGCAUCCGCUCUGCCCAGGGCCGCCAGCGCGCCUUCUCCACCUGCUCCUCCCACCUCACCGUGGUCUUGCUGCAGUAUGGCUGCUGCAGCCUGGUCUACCUGCGGCCGCGCUCCAGCACCUCGGAGGACCAGGACCGUCAAAUCGCCCUGGUCUACACCUUUGUCACGCCCUUACUCAACCCCGUGAUUUACACCCUGAGGAACAAGGACGUCAAAGCUGCGCUGAGGAGUGCUGUCUUCAGUAAAGCAGCCUCUGCCUAA